GUUAUAUGUCUCCACACCCAUCUCCACUAGGAGCACCAGAGCAUGUGUCCAGUCCAAUGUCCGGAGGAGGUCCAACUCCACCCCAGAUGACUCCCAGCCAGCCAGGACCCAUUAUACCAGGAGACCCACAAGUUAUGAAUCAACCUAACAGAGGUCCUUCCCCUUUCAGCCCUGUACAGCUGCAUCAGUUGCGGGCUCAGAUUCUAGCAUACAAAAUGUUAGCUAGAGGUCAGCCUUUACCAGAAAACCUCCAGCUUGCUGUUCAGGGCAAGAGGACCCUGCCUGGCAUUCAACAGCAGCAGCCUCCUAGUGCCUUCAACAGACAGUCUGGUAUUGGGUUACAUACAAUGAGCGGUGCUGCAACUGGACCAGGGCCUGCUCCAGGGAUGCCUGGACAUACAGCUGCCAUUACCCCCAAAACUUGGACUGAAGGUCAAGCCCCGGAUAUGAGUGUCUCCAAUGCGCAGCAAAAGCUUCCCGCGCCACCCCCUAGUGGGAGACCUUCUCCUGCCCCACCUGCUGCCCAGCCUGCUGCCACCAUGCCUGGGCCUUCUGUACCACAGCCAGCACCUGGACAGCCUUCACCCAUAGUUCAGCUGCAGCAAAAGCAGAAUCGCAUCAGCCCCAUCCAGAAGCCACAAGGACUGGAUCCUGUUGAAAUACUCCAAGAACGUGAAUAUAGGUAA